UGACAGCUGUUCUGUUGACAAUUGAGAACUAUAUAAAUUUUUUCUGUUGUAUUGUAAAUGAAAAAGUUCUUGUUUAAUAAUAAAUAUCACGGAUAAAUUAUCUCUGAUAAAUAUAACAGUGGUUCCAUAAACAAAUUAUGGAUUUCGACAGCCCAGAUGUUGAGAAAGAUUUCCCUGGUUUAUAUGCUUCUGAAAGUGGGGAUGGAAAAUCCAAAAAGAGUAAAGAAGAUAGUGAUUAUAGUGAGGGUGAACACGAUAAAGUAAGUAAAAAAGAUCUACUAAUUGGUAGGCGUAAAGAUAAAAAGGAAAAGGGCAAGGACCGGGGAUAUGCAGCUUUAGAAGGUGAAAGCUCUCCAGAAGAGGAGUUGGAUACGAAAAGUCCUUCGAAGUCAAAAAAGUUGAAAACGUUUAAAUUCACUUCGUCCAAAAGCAAGGAGAAACGAGAAAAGUCGCGUGAUAAAGAUAAAUCAGAGAGGGAGUCCCGGGAGGAAGAAAAGCCAAAGGAAAAAGAGAAGACUGAAAAAGAAAAGGAACUCAAAAAAAGAGAUAAAGAACGUAAGGAAAAAGAAAGGAAAGAGAAAACCAAGGAUAAGGAUAAAGAAAAGGAAAAAAAGGACAAGAAAGUUAAGCAGACCAGCAAUGCUUCUGAAGAAUUGUUUGAAUUGGGCGAUGUUCAGCCUGUUUUUGGUGUAUCAAUUAGUCUAGCCACUGAACGGAGUCGCUGCCAUGAUGGUGUUAAUUUACCUCUUGUUGUGCGCGAUUGUAUUGAUUACCUUCAGGAGCACGCAUUGAAGAAUGAUCAAAUAUACAAGGUAGAACCAUUGAAGACACGCGUACAACACUUUAAAAGACUGUAUAAUAACAGAGAACGGCAAACAGAUACAGAUGAACUCGAUAUAGCAACAGCAUGUGCUUUAUUGAAGUUAUUUUUACGAGAACUGCCAGAACCGGUUUUGACCACAGACUUAAUAUCUAAUUUUGAGGAUGCAGCAUCAAUUAACUCCCAGAAUAAACAAGAUGAGCUUAAAAAAUUACUUGAACUACUACCCAGUUGCAACAGAACUCUACUCACUUGGAUAAUACUACAUUUUGAUUCGGUAAUUAAACAUGGCAAGCACAAUAAAUUAACGAUUGAAUCAUUGGCGAUGCUAUUAAGUCCCCCUAUGCAGAUGUCACAUCGUUUAUUAGUUGCAUUUUUAUCUCACACUGGAAUUUUGUUUACAAAUGUAUCCCUUAUCAAAUACGUACCACCAAUAACACCAUCUAGCCCAAAGCUUCCAGAAACUGCGGAAGAUAUUCAAAUAGAGCUACGGAAGCAAGAAAGCUUGCUUACACAGAUUCAUGCCGAAAUGAAUGCUGGAUUUAUUUCCAAAAAACGAGAAGAACAGUUGUGGGAAGUGCAGCGAAUUAUCACACAGCUUAAGCGUAAGUUACGUAGUUUUGAGAAGCGACAGGAGAAGUCAAUGGAGGAAUCACAAACAGUCCCAACAAAUGUAUUACAAAAUACCAGUGAUGCCACUGAUUCCAGCACCAUAGUCCAACGGGGGCAAAAUAUGUUCAAGGAAGUCGAUAAUAGCUUGGUGAACCAAAACAUGAACAGUAGCCACACAGAAGAACAAGUUUCGAAUGUUGCUAAUAUUGAAUCGCCUGAAAUAACAAAGGCAAAAUCUUCCAUAACGCUUACUGUCAAAACACCAGUUAUGCAGGAAGAAUCAGAAAAGGUUCCAGAACCGGAAGAAUCAUCGAUCAAUGUAGAUGAUUCACAUCCUGAUGGGAUUUACAUUGAUGAAGAAUUGUCGUUCUUAAUGGUGCCUAAAACUCAUCCUGAUUAUUCUCAACUGAUUCGUCUGCAACUAGAAAAUCGUGAAUUACUUCUUUGGAAGGAACAAUUGCAAGCUCGUAUAACUGCUGAGCGUGCUGAAGUCUUGCGACUUAAGCAGCAAUAUCAGCAGCAGAUUGCUGCAGCAGGCGCCAGUAAGAGUGAUAUUCCUAGUACAGCUUCUGCCAUUUCAGACGAUGUUGCUGGAGGUGAUGAUGGUUAUGAAAAAAUAAUAGAGCACUAUGUACGAGAAAAUGCCCUGUUGGAACAAAAAAAAGAAAUACUUGCAAGAGAACUGUUUGAUGAAAAGCGCGAAUGCAUUACUAUGCAGGUUGAGUUGGAACUGCAAAACUUUUAAACAAACGAUCCAAUAAGUAGAUUUACAUACAUACAAACACAGAUGUUAAAUUUUUAUUAUACAUCUAAAUUACGCACGUAUCAUUGUUACAAAAUGUUUACUUUAUUUAUCUGUAGCAAUUUUAUCCCACAGCCAUACAGUAUAUCCUUUGAAUUUGUGAUUGCUUUUGAUUUUCUUUAACCUAUAUACAUACAUACUAUAUAGAACAUAACAAAUAUACAAUUCACAAACUAAUUAAAAUUGCAAAACUAUAUUGUAUUUAUCUAUAUACCAUAAGAGCACUAUUGAGAUUAUAAAUAUGAUGUUACAA